CUGAUAAUGGUUGCUUACUCUCUUUACCUGAAGGACAACAAAAAGGAAAACUCAGUCAACCCAACAACAAUGGAAAGGUGCUCGAGACUCUUUAUCAAAUCAUCGUGUACUACCUCGGCAACAUCGUUUGACAUAGCCUUUGAUUGUGGAACGGAGUUGAUUUGAAGAUGGUUUUGUUGAUUCUUAUCGGCCAAUCAAGGAACUGGAUUUUUAGCAAUGGACACCAAAAUUCGAUUUAAUUCUUGUGUUAUUGACUCUGAUAGUUUGGAUGAUUGGCUCGAAAAUGAUCUACGACAAUCUGGAAUAUUACCCAUUGACAAGAACAAAACUACCUUCAGUAAUAAUGACACUACCAAUAAUGACAUCAAAUUGGAAGAGAUCAUCGAAUGUGAACGAUUAUCAUAUAGUGAUGAAUCUGAUGAUAAGACAGUGGUAGAUGAUACCGACAUGGACAAGAUAAAAAUGAACACUCCUGAAACUACACCACUUUCUAUUUUCCAGGCUCUGGCCAUUCUAUCCACAUUACAACAACAUCAACAACAACAACAACAAUUACCUCUAUCAACAUCAUCAACAUCAGCAUCAAUAUUAGCCUCUAUCAAUCCAUUACAAGUAACCUUAAAACAACAAUCAAGACCUAUUCUUCCCGUAAAAAACCAAUCACAAACAUCACCAAUCAACAAAAUAGUUAAAAAACGGGAUCGGGAUUUGAAUGGAACAUCAUUGGCAUCCAAGUCAACUACGAACAAUUUGGAUAGUUUGACAUUGAAACGACAAAAGAAUACGGACGCAGCUCGACGAUCAAGACUGCGAAAAGUGAUGAAAAUGGAAGGGUUAGAACGACGAGUCAAGGAAUUAGAAAAAGAAAAUGAAACGCUUUUAUUACGGGUAGCAACGGCGGAAAAUGCAUGUGAAGCAGCUAAGAUCAAGGAAUCAAAUCAACGUGAACGCAUGGUCUCAUUGGAAGCUCAAUUGGCUGAAGCACAUCAAUCUUUAUUACAGCAAAAGAAGAAAAAGGAUAAUGAUAUAAAUCAAAAUGAUUAGUUAUAGUUUUUUAUUUUAUUUCUAUAUACAAAAUAUAUCCAUCAUCCUAUUUGUAUAUAUAUAUAUAUAUAUAUUUUAUUCUCUUUAUCAAAUCAAC